AUGAACAAUCAAGGUGUACAGAAGGUCAAGGUGUAUCCACGGAGAAAAAGACUGCAAGACAUGCCAAGGGCUGAGGUCAACCAGCGACAGCAGCAUGAGGUAGAGGUUGAUCUCGAGGUCCUUCAGAGGCUCUUCGGAAUGAAGCAGUCAAGCGCGGCAAGAUCUUUGGUAUGCAAUCGGCUGCAGAGCUCUUUGCAGAAGAAUCUGACUGGUCCUGUCUACACAGGGUAUCUCGUUGACAUGCUUCAAAGGAGUAUGCAGAAGACUGGGGCUCAAGAAAUGGCCUUACGAAAAGCCGAACCAAGCAUCGGGGGGAAGCAAUCAGAUCCAAGAGACGGAGAGCAGCGAUCCUGA